AUGCCGGACAUCAACCCCGCGGAUCUCAGCCGGCCGGCCGUGAGCCUGUCAACACCCAUUCUCUCCAACAAAUCCAUCACGGUGUCAUCAUCGCUCAAGCCUUCCAAGGCAGGACAGUCGAUCCCGCCGCGCAUCGAGCUCGAGCAGGCCUACACGUCGCUGCGGAUGGCCGUUGGUAACGAACAAUGGAAAAUCUAUAAGACAGCAACGACCCAGUUCCUUAUCGGCCGCCUCAACCAAGCGGAGUACUCCAACAUCGUCGACCCCAUCCUCUACUCACAAAACGGCGAGCGCGAACAUCUCCACAACCAGUUGAUCUCGGCCAUCUACGGCAAUGUCACGCGCGACCUGCCCGACCCGGGCCUGGCACCGUGGGUCAGUGCUAACGACAAGCCCUCGUCCGGGCUCGGGAGCAAAGCGAGCGGCAACGACGCCAACGAGCGCCGGAUCAAGGGCGAGGUCAUGCUGCUGCCGAGCAAAGACCGGAGGCGCAUUAAAGACGUUGUCAACAACGAGAAAUUCGACCCGUACGACGCAUUGGCGAGCGUCUUCACCGACCAGCAGCGCAUGAAGUUUCCCCGGCCCAUGGACGCAGCCCCAGCGAGCGCCAGCGGCGGCAUCAACCGCAUGAACCUCGACCUGGAAAUCCGCAAGCGGUUUGCGCAGCCGCUGGCCGUCGAGUCUGGCGAGUUUCCCGACACCAGCAACAUCGAGUCGCGCAUGCUGCCCUUUUGCUACGAGGCCGGCCUGGUCUCGGGCCACGCCUCGGACGCCGCGCAGUUCAUGUCCAUUGCCACCGAGACCUUUGUCAAGGAGGUGCUGUCGUCCGUCUUCAGCCGCACACGCAGCGACGGGCCCGGCGAGUAUGGCAGCGCCGGGUUUGGCGGCAGCAACUGGGUGCAGACGCGCAAGUACCGUCGCCAGCUCGCCCGCGAAGAAGAGCGCUCCCUGCUCGGCGAGAUCCAACGCGACAAGAUGGGCCUGCUGCCGAUCGAGGCCAAGAAGGCGAGCGAGCGCGGGCCGCUGGGCGUGGCCGAGUUCCGCCUGGCGCUCGAGAUGGGCGACUGUGGCCUGACGCAGUUCCCCAUCGUCGGCCACUCCCUCAUGGCCAGCUACCGCGAGGGCGAACUGGAGAACUGGGACGACUUUACGUGGAUCGACGGCAUGGACCCGACGCCCUACGUCAGCGGCCUCGAGUCGUCUUUGCCGUCGCUGCUGCCCGCGGCCAACGUGAACGGCACGGUGUCUGCCGCGGCCGGUGCCGGCGAGGCAGCAGGCGGUGCGGCAACAGGCGGCACAGGCGGCGCAGGCGGCGGUGCCGCCAUGGUCAAGACGGGCUCGUCCGCUGGCGCAGCCGCGGCCGUCGACGGCAUACACCUCAAGACGGGCCAGCCGAACGGCGUCGACUACGCGGAGCUCAUGGACCUCGACGACAACGACGACAUUCCCUGGGAGGGUGCAGACCUGGGCGAGAGUGACUUGCUUGGGGGCGUCCUCGAUUCCGUCCUUGCUGUGGGCUAA